AACAUCUCCUCCCCACCCAGCAGAAGCUGCCAGCAGAGAAGAAUGCAGGAACUUCAGUAUCUGCUCUUCCUGACUUUCCUGGCUCUACCAGAAAGCGUUUCCACUUGCAGGACCCGUUGGUUUGACCGGGACAAUCCUUCGGGAAAGGGAGACUAUGAAACACUUCACAACUUGAGGAAUGAAUAUCCUGAUGAGAUUUGCCCCAACCCUCUUUCCAUUGAAGCGGAAACCCUGGAGGGGACACCAGCUACUCACACAGGACAGAUCUUUAAACCGUUUAACCCCACGGAAGGAUUUGCAUGUGUGAACCAAGACCAGGAGAAUGGCUUCUGCCAGGACUACAGAGUCCGGUUCACCUGUCCACCAGACUUCUGUUCAGCUCCGGCUUGCAGGACCCGUUGGUUUGACCGAGAUGAUCCUUCGGGGAAGGGAGACUAUGAAACUCUUCCUGACCUGAGGAAGGAAUAUCCUGAUGAGAUCUGCCCCUACCCUCUUUCCAUGGAAGCGGAGACCUUGGAGGGGACGUUGGCUUCUCACACAGGACAAACCUUUAAAGUGUUUAACCCCACGGAAGGAUUUGCAUGUGUGAACCAAGACCAGGAGAAUGGCUUCUGCCGGGACUACAGAGUCCGGUUCACCUGUCCAGAAGACUUCUGUUCAGUUUCCACUUGCAGGACCCGUUGGUUUGACCGAGACGAUCCUUCAGGGAAGGGAGACUAUGAAACUCUUCCUGACCUGAGGAAGGAAUAUCCCGAUGAGAUCUGCCCCUACCCUCUUUCCAUUGAAGCGGAGACCCUGGAUGGGAUGUUGGCUUCUAGCACAGGGCAGACUUUUAAAGUGUUUAACCCCACCGAAGGAUUUGCAUGUGUGAACAAAGAACAGAAGCAUGGCUUCUGCCGGGACUACAGAGUCCGGUUCACCUGUCCAUCAGACUUCUGUUCAGUUCCCGUUUGCAGGACCCGUUGGUUUGACCGGGACAAUCCUUCGGGAAAAGGAGACUAUGAAACACUUCACAACUUGAGAAAAGACUAUCCUGAUGAGAUUUGCCCGGACCCCGUUGGGAUCGAAGCUCAGACCCUGAACGGGACACCGGCAUCUCACACGGGACAGAUCUUCAAUCCUUUCAGUGCUGCUGAAGGGUUUGCUUGUGUGAACAGAGACCAGAAGAAAGGUUCCUGCCAGGACUACAAAGUCCGGUUCACCUGCCCUCCAGACUUUUGCUCAGAACUCCGCCAACUCAUGGUCUGAAAACCACUACACAAGGGGAGGAACUCCCUCGGCAGGAAGAAUGCCCCGGUCUGCAGGUGAAUCCAAUUGCAUUUGAGGUUUCCUCAGUUUUCAAAGCAUUGUGAUACUAAAUCCUGAGAAUAAAUAUAGAUGGCUUCUGGGGGGGAAA